UACUCGAGGCUUCAAGUGCAGCACCACCAGCAUCAUCAUUUGAACUCAAAACCUAGCUCAAUUAGACCUCAUAAUCAUAGACCAAAAGCCAAUGUGAAUUGGUCAUCUGGAGGGCCUGGAAUGCAAGCUAUAUUCCUGGAUUCUUCUAGCCAAAGAUCAUGUGGCACUGGCGUUUUUCUUCCUCAAAGAGCAGGCUCCAACUCCCACAAAACUAAAAACCCAGCUUGUGCUCCUGUUCUUCUGCCCUCCCGUGUGGUUCAAGCUCUCAACCUCAAUGUUCAUGCCCUAGGCCUCCAAAUUUCACCCCGACAAGAUGUUAAGGAUCAUAAACGAAAAGACGGCGAUUGUAUUUCGGCUCAUAAUAAAAGUGGAAAUAAAGAUGUUCCAUCGACUCAAUGCUACAUUAUUUCUCAAAAUCCAAAUUCUUCCCCGGAGUUAUUUCUUCCCAAGGAAUGGACAUACUAGCGGAGAAUGUGUGGAACAAUUAUACAUGUAUACAAGAGAAACUCGUCAUAAAAGGCUAAUCUCUCCUGGCUAUAUGAUUGAUGUGCUUUAAAUAAUCUUGAUCAUGUUAUGUAGCUUUAAAUAAUAUCAGCUCGAUGUUCCGUUUUG